AGGUAUAAGAGUGCUUGUUGAUGCACGAGAAAAGCUUCACAUCCCUUGGGGUGACCCAUCCAAUCAGAAGCAUGGUGAGGUAAUGAUGGCGUUUGAUACAAGGUCGGCAAUGGUAGCCCAUGGAAUGGUGGAGACUCAUGUAUUUCUUAUGCAUAUUGCAUCAAUAAAGGCAUUGUGGGCGGACAGUGGAAUUCAGAAUGCCUAUGACCGGCGCAGGGAAUUUCAGUUGGUGAGUCUGAUGUUACAUAUGACCAGUUACUUGAAAAAUAAAUUUUGCUCCUUGUCCUAUGUGAUCUGUUUGUUUCUGCUAAGUGUUUGCUGACUGCUUUCACACCUUGCUUGAUUUUUAUAUUGAUGGACCAGAACUUAAUGACCUUGCUGUGUGCAUAAUGCUGGACAAAAGCCAAAGCCCUUUCCGUCUCCUUUCUGUAAAUGGAUUUUCCUGAAUUGUAUUACUUUUGCUGGUGGGGGGCCUGGAGGACACACUGAUGAUUAUCUCGAUGAAUUCCGAGCCCUUUCUGUUUAGAUUGUAUUUGGUUCCACCAGCUGAUACUGUUGUGUCUUUUGUAGGAGUGGGUUGAGUGUAUUGUUUGAGUGUUUUCUUUCAUUGAAUUGCCUGUUGAUCUGUCCUUGCAUAAUGCACACAAAGCUCUGGUACAAGGUAUUGGGUAAGGCAAGGAAUCCUGCAGGGGUUUAAAAAUAGCAUGGUAUCUAGAACCCAUGUAUAUUGUAUGCUAUUCAAUAAGGAACCUUUUUUAUUUUCAGCUCCAUGUUCUUUGUAUGUGUAGUAUGGCUUGGUUAGGUCCUAUAUGUUCAUCACACUGCCAUAUUUCUUUUCGGUUUUCUAUUGAUAUUACUGUCUCUCAUCCCAGUUAUUCAAACCACUGCUUCUCUCCCCAUUUGGACUGGCAUAUUGUGGUGGGGGGAGACCUUGAGGUCCACCAUGAGGGGAAAACCCAGCUUUAGUGUUUGUGGGAAUGUAGAAUGUAGUUUUUCUUUCAUGUAUUUUGUGCGCAUCCUAGUUCUGAUCACAGGAUGUGACCUCAUGGUGGUUCCCAGUACUGUGAGCUUUAAAGUUAUAGAUCUUCUGCUCCGAGCAAAUGUUAGAGCCAAUGCUCUUUUAUUGAGACAGUGCUGGAGAUACCUUUUGUUAUCCCCAGCCAUCCCAUAGCUAAGAUGGGAUUGUUGAACUUAUUGGCGAUAGGGACAGGAGUGUUGAGUGUUUUAUAAUUAGCAGAAAUUGUCUAUGGGGCGCGCUAUAAAUUACAGGGGUAUAUGGUCGGUAGUGCUGGUGGCAGGUGCUAUGAUUAAAGGACCACUAUAGUGCCAGGAAAACAUACUCGUUUUCCUGGCACUAUAGUGCCCUGAGGGUGCCCCCACCCUCAGGGACCCCCUCCCGACCGGCUCGGGAAAGGGGUUAAAACUUACCUUUUUCCAGCGCUGGGCGGGGAGCUCUCUGCCUCCUCUCCUCCUCCGUUCCUCCUCCUGGGCUGAAUGCGCACGCGCGGCAAGAGCUGCGCGCGCAUUCAGCCUGUCGCAUAGGAAAGCAUUUACAAUGCUUUCCUAUGGACGCUUGCGUGCUCUCACUGUGAAAAUCACAGUGAGAAGCACGCAAGCGCCUCUAGUGGCUGUCAAUGAGACAGCCACUAGAGGCUUUGGGGGAAGGCUUAACCCAUUGAUAAACAUGUAUGUUUAUAAAAAAAAUGGGUUAACCCUAGAAGGACCUGGCACCCAGACCACUUCAUUAAGCUGAAGUGGUCUGGGUGCCUAGAGUGGUCCUUUAAGAGUAGGAAACUGAUGUGAGUGCAUGAAUUCCAUUAUCCGAUGGCCUUUUUGCAUGGUGAUAGACAGGUGGGCUUAUGUGUGAGAUGGUAACGUGUUGCUUUCUGGAAAACAUGUUUUCUCUCACACAGGAUGUGUAUGUACACAUCCUGAUCUCUGCUGUAUUCUGACCUUAUAUGAGCCAAACACAGCUGAGUCCAAUCAGCACUCCUUAUCUUUGCAAUGUCUGGUUUUGUUUAACCCUUUUACAUAUAAAUUGAUUUCCGCUUACCAUAGAGUAGGUCUCGGUAACUGUUUUAAUUACGUUAAAUGUGAUUUUGUCUUACCAAUCUACAGUUCAAGGAUUUAAAGAGGAUCAGCUGUGUUUUAGAAAAGGGUUUCAUUGAACAGCUUUGACUUGUUACUACUAUAUCCUUAAAAAAAAAAAAGCCCCCUUUAGUCCAUAUAUAUUUCAUAAAACUAAACUUGCAUAACUGCAUAAGCAGAGCGUUUGGUCUAAAUAAAAAAUCCCCAUUUUCUUGCCCAGUACAUCUUUCUGCUGGGAUCUGUUCUGUUUAAAACACCCCUGUAAACACGAUUCAUGUUUAGAGCAAUGAGGAGUCCACCCUCGCUGCGGUUACAGAUGGAUGAAGCUACCAUCCUCCUAUGAUGGCCUCGUUCUUUCACCACAUUUUUUAACUGGAUGCCAGGCUGGGCCUGUCCAGUCUUGUCUUUCAUGUAAUCAAUGUUUUUUUUAAAAGAAAAAGAAAACACUUUUUUUUCACACAAAACAUUACAACUAAAAGUGUUUAUUUAGCUGUUAACUUGUGCAAUUAUGGAAGUGACAGUUCCUCUUUCAAUGGGCGCUCAUCUUGUGAUCCCAACUUGCAUAGAUUUGGGGAAAUAGAGGACGCAAUCCCAUUAAAGUAGCAGAAACUCACAAAAAAAAACCACCCAAAUUGGAUUACACGCCUUCUUUUUGAUCAGCAGCAGCAACAGACUUUUAAAAGGUUGGACUCUUGAAAAUGAUAUGUUUUUAAACAGUUAUCUAUCCAGGCCUUAAGAUACCCUCCACUGCUAGCUGGGAGGGUAAAUUUCUACUAACCCCUGCUAGCUGGGAGGGUGAGUUUCUACUAGCCACUGCCAACUGGGAGGGUGAGUUUCUACUAGCCACUGCCAACUGGGAGGGUGAGUUUCUACUAGCCACUGCCAACUGGGAGGGCGAGUUUCUACUAGCCACUGCCAACUGGGAGGGUGAGUUUCUACUAGCCACUGCCAGCUGGGAAGGGGGAUUUCUACUAGCCAUUGCCAGCUGGGAGGGGGAAUUUCUACUAGCCACUGCCAGCUGGGAGGGGGAAUUUCUACUAGCCACUGCCAGCUGGGAGGGGGAAUUUCUACUAGCCACUGCCAACUGGGAGGGGGAAUUUCUACUAGCCACUGCCAACUGGGAGAGGGAAUUUCUACUAGCCACUGCUAACUGGAAGGGUGAAUUUCUAUUUGCAAGGCAGGGAUCAGGAGUUGGAGUCUGAGCAGUUUUAAAUUAAGUUAUUUUUUUUCUUCAUUUAGAAUCACACAUGCUGGCAUGUAUGAUAAAUUAAAGCCCAUAUAUGUAUCCUUAAAGAACGGUUACAUUUUAAGCCCUGUUUUUCAAGCAUGCUGACAAAAUGUAAUUGUACUAGUGGAUCAGGGGAAAAACAAAUUUUUUUUAAAUUAUUUUUUGGGGGGCAAGUUUAAACAGAGCCAUUUGUUAACUGUUGUAAUUGUAGCUGUUGUGUGCUGGACUUAGUAUAGCCCACCCCCUUGAUGACAGUAUUGAUGGAUUCCCUGAUAAGCAAUAACUAACCUUACUUAUCAGUUGCCGUAAUAUUUUGCUUCUUUGCCACACCAAUACGUUCUGCCAUUUUUCACAAGCCUUGCACGUGGUUGUCUGGCCAGCCUAUAAAUAGCAAUUAUGCUUUGAAAGGCUCCCAGAACCAGCUUUUUCCAGUGUGAUUUUCAGUCUCCUGCAUUUCCAUAUCACAGAUUUGAUCUACAAAUAACGAUACAUUCUUUGUUUUUUGUGUGUAUUCAGUUUUUUAUUGGAUAAGGAAGAUGUUUGCAUGGUUCUGUAGUGUAAAAUUGGCUGCCUGUGCUAUGACUCUGGCCUCACAUUUAUAAAGAUGAUUUAUUACUUUCCCCAGUCAGCUGUAAUCUGAGAGAUAGUGUAACUAGUGCUCAUUGCUGGCCUAGUGGCAGUCUGUUUGGAUGUAACACAGCGACAGGGAUUUCUGAUAGAAACUCUUGUUAUUAAAUAGGGUUCACGUUAGUCGGUGUCCUUUAUCUUGACUGGCCCUGCUUUCACUGUAUAAUAAGAGGCUGUUAGUGUCACUGUGUAAUGGGGGGCUGUUGGUGUGUGCAGUGCGCUGUCAUUGUGUAAUGGGGCGCUGUUGGUGGGUGCAGUGCGCUCUCACUGUAAUGGGGCGCUGUUGGUGGGUGCAGUGCGCUCUCACUGUAAUGGGGCGCUGUUGGUGGGUGCAGUGCGCUCUCACUGUGUAAUGGGCGCUGUUGGUGUGUGCAGUGCGCUCUCACUGUGUAAUGGGCGCUGUUGGUGUGUGCAGUGCGCUCUCACUGUGUAAUGGGCGCUGUUGGUGUGUGCAGUGCGCUCUCACUGUGUAAUGGGCGCUGUUGGUGUGUGCAGUGCGCCUCACUGUGUAAAUGGGCUGUUGGUGUGCAGUGCGCCUCACUGUGUGGGCCACGCUUGUUGGUGUGUGCAGCGCGCCUCACUGUAAUGGGGCUUGUUGGUGUGUGCAGUGCGCCUCACUGUGUAAUGCUGUUGGUGUGUGCGGCGCUCUCACUGUGUAUGGGCGCGCAGUCUCACUGUGUAAUGGGGCGCUGUUGGUGCGUGCAGUGCGCUCUCACUGUGUAAUGGGGCGCUGUUAGUGCCUGUAGUGCGCCUAUUGUGUAAUGGGGCGCUUGUUAGUGCCUGCAGUGCUUCACUGUGUAAUGGGAUGUUGGUGUGCAGUGCGCCGUGUAGCGCUGGUGUGUGCAGUGCACUGUCACUGUGUAAUGGGCGCUGGUGUGUGGGCGCUGUUUGGUGUGUGCAGUGCGCCUCACUGUAAUGGGGCGCUUUUGGUGUGUGCAGUGCGCUCACUGUAAUGGGGCGCUGUUGGUGUGUGCAGUGCGCUCUCACUGUAAUGGGGCGCUGUUGGUGUGUGCAUUUCGCUCUCACUGUAAUGGGGCGCUGUUGGUGUGUGCAUUUCGCUCUCACUGUAAUGGGGCGCUGUUGGUGUGUGCAGUGCGCUCUCACUGUAAUGGGGCGCUGUUGGUGUGUGCAGUGCGCUCUCACUGUAAUGGGGCGCUGUUGGUGUGUGCAGUGUGCUCACUGUGUAAUGGGACGCUGUUGGUGUGUGCAGUGCACUCUUACUGUAAUACGAGGCUGCUGGUGUGUGCAGUGCGCUCUCACUGUGUAAUGGGGCGUUGGUAGUGCGUGCAGUGCGCUCUCACUGUGUAAUGGGGGUGCUGUUAGUGCGUGCAGUGUGCUCACUGUGUAAUGGGACGCUGUUGGUAUGUGCAGUGCACUCUUACUGUAAUACGAGGCUGCUGGUGUGUGCAGUGCGCUCUCACUGUGUAAUGGGGCGUUGGUAGUGCAUGCAGUGCGCUCACUGUGUAAUGGGGCGUUGGUAGUGCAUGCAGUGCGCUCUCACUGUGUAAUGGGGCAUUGGUAGUGCGUGCAGUGCGCUCUCACUGUGUAAUGGGGGUGCUGUUAGUGCGUGCAGUGUGCUCACUGUGUAAUGGGGCACUGUUAGUGUGUGCAGUGCGCUUUCACUGUGUAAUACGAGGCUGCCGGUGUGUGCAGUGCGCUCUCACUGUGUAAUGGGGUGCUGUUAGUGCGUGCAGUGCGCUCUCACUGUAAUAAGGGGCUUAGUGCAUGCAGUGUGCUCUCACUGUAAUGGGGCGCUGUUAGUGUGUGCAGUGCGCUCACUUUGUAAUACGAGGCUGCUGGUGUGUGCAGUGUGCUCUCACUGUGUAAUGGGGCGUUGGUAGUGCGUGCAGUGUGCUCUCACUGUGUAAUGGGGCAUUGGUAGUGCGUGCAGUGCGCUCACUGUGUAAUGGGGCAUUGGUAGUGCGUGCAAUGUGCUCUCACUGUGUAAUGGGGUGCUGUUAGUGUGUGCAGUGCGCUCUCACUGUAAUACAAGGCUGCUGGUGUGUGCAGUGCGCUCUCUGUGUAAUGGGGCGCUGUUAGGGUUUGCAGUGCGCUCUGUGUAAUGGGGCGCUGUUAGGGUUUGCAGUGCGCUCUCACAAUGGUGCACUCUAAUUGUGUAUAGACCGCGUUCUACUUAAAUUUGGUGUAUGCAGCUCUUAUGUUUGUUUAAGGGGACACUAAUUCUCAACUAAGGUCUUUGACUACACAAUGCUGUGGGACCCUCCUAAUAUGAUCAGUCUGUGGGCUGCAGGUUUGUUUAUGUAUCUGAAGAAAACUUGUAAUAUUUAUUCAGUGACUUACUGGGAACUGAAUCCGUUUCGGCGCAUAACUUCUAGUGUACAACUCAUCAGAUCCAGGCAGCACCUGCAGGGUAUACGGUCUGGUUAAGCACAUUACAGGAAGCAGGUAACAUACCGUAAAGGAUAUUACCCAGUGUUUCUACCAGCUGGUAAUACUUCUCUCCUAUGGAUAUGUUUCCACGUGCUGAAAUGACCGCAUUACGUAUUCAUUCAAACACGGUUAGUAGGGAACACUGAAUAUCGGUGGCUGCAAUUUAUUGUUAUUGGGUAAUAAAGUUAUAGCACAUUUGAUGGCUGUGUAUAGGGAAUCCUUUUCAUAUAUAAAUCUGUUGCCUCAUGUUUCCGUUAUAGAAGCUUUGCCGGUUUAUAGAGCUCAUGAAGGGGUUAAUGUUUAACUGCACUUACUAUGCUGGUACUGCAUACUUCCACUCUGGGUAUACUGGAGACAGUGUGAUCUGGAAAGUAAAUCUACCUAAAGCAUCAAUCUAUGGACAGGGCAGUAAAAUGGGUGUAUGUAUGGAGGAGUGAAUAAGAUCCUUUUGUAUGUAGGGGUUGUCCAGUUGUGUGUGUUUUAUAUAAGUUAGUGCAGCCAUAAUGUUUGUGAAUGUGGAUAAUUGGGUAUGUGUGAGACAGAAUGACUUAGACUUAAAAAUUACUGUUUUAGAAGAUAUGCGGUAAAGGUGAGUUAAGUUACCUGAACCAGUCCCUUGCGGGGCAUAGCCAUCUUGAUCCGCUGGUCCUAUUCAUUGCCAACGUUCCUGCUGUACACUCGUGCAUGCGCGUGAGUACAGCAUUAAUGUCUAUGGAGGAUCCCGUGAGACUACAGGAUUCUCCACACACAGUCAAUUCCAUGCAGCCAUCACUGGUGACGGCUUCUAGACCCUACCUUGAGUCCAAGAAAGAGGAGAAAUACAGAGUAGUGUUUGCUUUGAUUCUGUAUAUCUCUUGACUCGGUUGGAACUUCAGUGAAAUAAUAAGUCUAUCCUUAUGAAAUACUCCUUUUUUAGGGGAGAUGACGGUGUCUCUUUAAAGGCCUUGUCGUGGCCCUAGGGUCGGUUUAGUAAUUUUAUAUAUUCUAGGAAUCCGGAAAGCUAUUUAGUUCCUGUGUAUAUCUCUUGUCCUAUCUAAAUAUAGAGAACACUAUUUCUUAUUGUCGUAGUAUUCUUAUUUCAUAAUCUAUGUAGGCUUAGAUCUCUGUUGUAUUCUUGCCAUCAUUUACUCUUUGUAUUUUAUUUUAUUUUUUGUAUAGAUCUGCAUAUUUUAGUAUGUUUGGAGAAUUAAACACUUAAUAGCUUAAUCACUAUUUCUACCCUCUUAAUUUAUGAUAUCACGAAUCCAAUUGUUGACAAGCUAUCUCAUUGAUAAAAUGUAGGUUUACUUUGUACCUUAAAGGAUCACUAUAGGGUCAGGAACACAAACAUGUAUUCCUGACCCUAUAGUGUUACCACCAUCUAGCCCCCCUGGGCCCCUCAUGCCUCCAUAAAUAUAGCAAAAUCUUACAGUAUUGAAGCCUGAAGCUGUAGCUCAGCAUGCUGUUUGCCUAAAAAAAAAACAAGCAGUCUGCUGACAUCAGAAGUGGUGGCCUUAUCCAAUCACAAAUCUGACUGGCAUGUAUAUUUUGUGGAUUUACCACUUAAUAAAAAUAAGAUUUGCAAAAGACAAAUGGUUUUAAAUUAUAAUAUAUUUUGCGGAGCCUUACAUCCAUUGAGGGGAUUGUUAAGGAUCUGCUUAGUUUCAUCCUGUCUUAUCUAGCGGACGCUCAUACUAUGCAGGUUCCCGUUUCAGGUUGUCUGAUAGACGAGUUUUGGCAUGCUCUGGGCGUUUAGGUGAUAGAGGCCCUCAAUGGUGAGAGGUAUUUCUCUGAAUAUGCAAAGUGGGAGUGAAUGUGGAAGAAGGAACAAAUGGAUGGAGUUCAGUAAAAUGUAUUACUAAUUUGUAAGUAACUAAUUAGACUUAAAGGAACACUGUAGGGUCAGCAACACAAACAUGUAUUCUUGACUCUAUAUUAAAAAAAACAACCUGUUAGUCCUCCGGCCAAUCAUGGAGACGUUGAACAGCAGUGCUGUACGAUGUGCAUCAUUGACCCAGGAAGCACCUCUAAUGGAUAUCUGAGUGAUUACCACUAGAGGUUUCCCUAGGCUCUCAUGUAAACACUGCUUUUCCGCCAAAAAGACAGUGUGUACAUGAAAAUGCUGCAGGAACAGGCUUUACUCACCAGAACUGUUACAUUAAGCUUUAGUUGUUAAGGUGACUAGUGUCCUUUUAAAGGAGCAUUCAAUUACAUUUCUAAUGACGCAUUCUUGCUUUAUUCUACAUAAAUUUUUCCAAACUUUAUUAGUACUGUAACGGGAUGUGAUGUGUGCAAUGGGACAUUUAUAAACAUUUUAUUUUUGAUUUUACACCUUUUACAUAAAAGGUGCCUUAAAGAAACACUAGCAUUAGGGAUCCAAACAAAAGAUAACAUUACUUGGCUUGCAGCCCUUGCUACGCUGCUUUUAUUGAUAUCGGUCCUGAGGUCAUGACUGUUGAUGGUCUCCGCUAAACUAUUGCUUCCUAUUGGGGAAACAUUGAAAAGCUAGUGCGCAUGGUCAGAAAAAUGUAAUGAACCAAUCAAAUGGUGCUCUAUAAAACCGUUUUACUUUGUUAAGGAAAAGAAGUUCCACUAAAGGCAUGUUAAUCUUGCAGUGUAAACCUUGCUGUUCCUUCUGAACACUACACCCAGACCACCCAUUGAGAUGAAGUGGUCUGGAUUCCUUUAGUGUCCCUUUAUAUCAGGUUAAUCUAUUUGUCAGUAUUAUUUUGCAUAUAACGGUCUAUAUGCAUGCAGUGUCAUUUUGCCCUAUAUCACGUGUAGCGUUUAGUAUAAAGUUUAACCCCUUACGGACAGAGGCAAUUGUCCAUGUUCUGAACUGAAACAAAACCUAGUUUGACCUUUAUUUCUGUUCAACUAUAAUUCACCGCUUUCAUAUUUAGUGCACCCACACUCAUUAUAUACCACUUUGUUCACAUCAAAUAUUUAUAUAUGAAACAAUUGUAACUGUGAGUGUCAUCAUACUGUUGACAUUUACGGCAAUAAAACACACGUUCGUAUGCUGUGAUGUUACACCCCCCCAUGUACAGACUUCAUAAUGUUUGGAAAGAUACAGGGUGAAAUAUAGAGCUUGCCCAUUUCAGUUUCUACACCUUGAAAUUGCCAGAUUGGUUUGUUGGGCCUAUGCUGCCUUUGAGAGGCAGUGCAGAAAUGAAAAUCCCCACUCUCAUGGCAUGCGAAACGUAGACAACCCCCAGGGUUUUUAAAACAGGGGGAAGAUUUCAGUCUUUCGGUCUUUUUUUAGUAGCCACUUGGCCACAAACCCUGGGCAAAGUUAGCGUUCAUUUGUUUUUUGCAUUUUUCUCUCAAAAUGUGUACUUUCCUCACAAAAUGUGUACUUUCCUCGUCGUUCUUGGUUUUACUGCUCUAAAACACUGGUAUUUGUGUUCAUUGAUGUCUAAGGAGUACUACAGGAUCUCCUAUGUACAGGUUUUAUGGAGUCUCAGAUAGGGCUUGCAAAUGAAAUUCUCUUCUGCCUGGGUUCUCGGCAGGUUCCUCAAUAUAUACUUAAUUGUCAUUGCUUGGAGCUCAGGCGAGUGUUUGCUCCAGCAGUAUAGCCAAUAGGUUCUUUUAAAUUUAAAGUAUAAUAGGCUGCUACAAUAAAUCAAAUAACUAUUACUAGGGGUGUCACUCAAAAGGAGGCAUACAAGAAUAGCAAACUGAGGUAAAUCUUGCCGAUAUAUGUCCAUCCACAGAUGGAAAUAUGGGAUGCACUCAAACAUCAGUAAGGGUGCAUAUCCCAAUAUGGUGCCUGAAAGUCAGGGAAAGGUCACCCAGGGCUCAUCCAGACACCAAUAAACAGAAUCACUGCUUCAUUUUUACUGGAGUGGGUAACUCCUUUUAAUAUACCUCCCCUGUUGUAGAGGACAUCCAUCUCCUGAUGUAGGGGCUCCAAGUCCAGAGUAUAUAGUAGUGUCCUAUAGCAGAGGACCGAAGGGGGCAACAUGAGAAACCAAAAGAGGAUGGCUGCUGAAGCUCACGAGUGAUUUUCAAAAUGGCCACCAGAGAUCGCUAGCAAUGACAUUACUAUGACAAGAUGGUGGCUAAAUCACGCAAGAUACACGGCAAGGGCCAGCUGUGUGAUGUGGCCUGGGCCUCUUGAAGGCGAAUUGAGAUACCAGCCAAACCAAGAGCCUAAAGCAUGUUAGAACGCCCAGCAGAACAGUUACGAAUUGCAGGGAAUAUAUACUACAAAUUCCAAUAUGGAUAGAAUAGUGAGGUAAGGAUCAAACUGGCAGAAAAGCUAAAAGAGAGGCAGCAACAAUACUGGCAGAUCAAACUGCUAUUUAAUAAACAAUGAUGCUGGGAGCAAAGACAGUGGAGGUGCUUCCUGUUGGGAGGCUUUCAAUCCAGUAGCUCUCCUUUUCCCCAGUCUGCUCACACAGGCUAGCUAGUACUGACUGAAGUAGCAUUUUACUCCUCAAAGAAAGUUUGUUAAAUGGUUGUGUGUUUUACCACCCAAUUGGCUGCCUGUUUUUGUUCUGAAGGCAUUGUUCACUCCUUAGCCUUGCAAGCAAACCUUGUACAUUGUAUAAUACAGUGAUAACACAUGCUUUGAGUAUUGAUAAUAGCCUAGGUGUGUUAUAUGGUUACCUGGACACGCAAUGUUGGUAUUUUCCUGUAAGCUGCGUGUUUGUCACCAUCUUCGUCUGGUUCUUUUAGUUUCGGGACUUAAACCUGCAGGCCCAAUGUUUCUUACACUUUUUACUAGGGCUCCAGGUAACAUUAGCUUCGUGACCCUUCUUCAAUGUAAAAUUAGCUCUCUGGACUGGAAGUUCAAUUUCUGAUUUUUUUUUUUCUUCAUAUUUGUAAAACAAUUUGGGAUAUAUGCUUUAAAAUACAAAGAACUGUACUUAAAGCAGUUACGUCACUUUUCAGUAACUUUUUAAAAAUAAUUUCUUUAUGAAAUACUGGUCGGUCUAAAGCUACUAUGAGACCAAGCAGGGGCCACUUUUAUCUUCUAAUUAAUCUGAGGUUGACAAAAGGCAGAGCUCUGCCGCCAUCUCUGGUCCAAUCCCAGCAGCAGUCACAUGUGACCGUUGUCAUUCAGACAUCGAUCUAGGGAGGGUCUUCCAUAGACCUCCGCGCUGUACUCUUGCGCAUGCUGAAGAGUAUAGCACUGUUGCUGCUCUUUUGAGAGAUCUUUGUGAAAUACAUUAAGUGACAGAUCUACUUCAAUAAAAGUUCCACAGUAUAGAGAGAGAGCAGCUCAUUGGACCAGUUCUUUGCUUGUGAUAUAUAUUAAAAUUGUACAGACACCUUUAUCAGACUCCGCCUUGCACUGGGCACGGCAGUGCUGCUACUAGACGUGGAUUGUUAUCUGUGGUCUGACCACUGAUGGCACAGUUCCAAGUCCAACCAAUAGGAACCCACUACCACUGUCAUGGUGUCCAGACUCCCUAUACUGCAGCUUUUUAAAACCUAAAGGACCACUAUAGGCACCCAGACCACUUCAGCUCAAUGAAGUGGUCUGGGUGCCAGGUCCCCUUCUAGUUUUAACCCUGCAGCUGAAAACAUAGCAGUUUCAGAGAAACUGUUUCACUGAGGGUUAAUCCAGCCUCUAGUGGCUCUCACUGACGGCUGCUAGAGGCACUUCUGCGAUUCUCAUUGUGAAGAUGCUGUACGUCCCUAGGAAAGCAUUGAGUAAUGCUUUCAUAUGGGCUGUUUGAAUGUGUGCGCAGCUCUUGCCGCGCAUGCGCAUUCGGAUCUUACGUCGGCAGGGGGUGGAGAGUUCCCCAGCACAGAGGGAGCCUGGCGCUGGAGAAAGGUAAGUGGCUGAAGGGGUUUUAACGUAAUGACCCUAUAGUGGCAGGAAAACGAGUUUAGUUUCCUGGCACUAUAGUGCUCCUUUAAUUACUCAGCAUUUCAGGGUUUUUUCUCAUUAAUACAAAUAUAUUAUGGUUCUCCAGAAAUGUGCAUUACUAGUUAAACAAUCUCCUCCCAUAAAUAUACGCUGGGUAAAAAUAUGCAGGCCAGAUUAUCCGUCAAGCUCAAGAUGUUGUGCCAUCACUUGAGGGCGCUGUGCUGAAUUGACACCAUGAUUCUGACUGCACAUCCUUAAUUGUUCCCUCCAACAAACCUGCCACUCUAUAUAGUUAUACUAUUUAUUAGGGGGUUCAUAGUAUAUUUGUCUUUCUUUGUAAUUUGUGCAAUCUUCCACAGAGAAUAAACCUUAUUUACUUUUAGAAGAACUUGGCUGGAAGAUGGGGGAGUUUUUGGUUCUCAAAGAGAAAUUAAAUCAUGGCACGCAAAGCAAUGUUCCCUGUGAUGGGGUGUUCCCAGACUCCCAUUAUUGUCUACCGUUCGACUGGGCAAGCAGCUCACAGCCCUUGGUUUCGUGGGACCUUUCGUGGCUAACACCAAAUAGACUGAGAACAUCAUUAAGUUACAUGUGUUUAGCUGUAGCUCUCCGAUAUCAAAGCAGAGAGAUGGUGUAGUUUGCCUAUUUAGCUGUUUGUCAGACCUUGAGCUCCGAUAUCUGUCCCAUGGCUAGGUCUGUGGCUGAAAAUCUUUCACAGCGUAAGCAAUAUUUUCUAUAUUCAAGAUUCAGUGCAAUAAAGUUAACCUGUUAGGUUGUAGGUGCAAUCUGACUGUGACUGAUUAAAUUAUUGGACUCCAGGAGCCUUAUUCUUAAUGCAGAACGGUCAUUGAGGCUUUCUUUUCUUUUUUUUUUUUUUGUACACCCAAUUAUUUACGAAAAGCAUACAAUGGGUUGCACUUUAUUUUACGGUGUAUUGGGCAUGACAUGUAAUUAUAUUAACUCUCCCCUAGUCUGUACCUGCGAGGACAUAAUGUAGGUAUUAAAGAAUUCACGAUGGAAGACAUGUCACCCUGAACUCACAGAAAGGGUGUGGGAAAAGGGUCUGUCACUUGCACUAAUUCCACCUUUAAUAUACCGGACCAUAGUGUUGUCCCUUCAGUGUCUACACCAUGAUUUAAUCUUCUUUAUGUUAAGUUUCAGGAGAGCCAGUUUAAGGCAUGUCCUUGCCAGUGGUCUAUCCGUAUCUAGGGCCUGAGAGUAUAGCACAUCUGCCAUGAAGCUUUGUCUCCAUUUCUAAGAGCAAACAUGUGCUCCCUGUCUCUCACGCAGUUUCAAUCAGCACCUCACAAACCACUGGACACAGCUUUGUCACACACUUGUGGAGGUAAAAGGGGCUUUUAAAAUGUAUUUUUUUUGCACUCUCUCUAAUAGCCCACCCACACCACCCCUUAGAGUGCCAGCCAUGUAAGUUACCUGAUUAGCCUGUUGGGUUUAAAAGGUCACAUAACUCUGAAGUGUUGGUCAUUGCACUGCUCCCCCUGGCACAUACUAACCAGUCAUCAUGAAAGGACAGUGUUUUAUUCUGUAUUUUAAUAUUCGAUUUAAAGUUAUGUACUUGCCAAAACAUUCCUUGCCACCGCCAAAUUGAAGAGUCAGUGGCACGGUAACUGGAGGUGAAUUUUUGCUUGCAAUGGCUGAAGUUUGUGAGAAAUAUAUAAUUUGUUAUUAAACAUGUUGCUCAUAAGCAGGAGGAUCAACAUGACUCUCUGUCACCACAAAUCAGUGUGGUAAUAGGAUGCCCGUAUUUGCUUUCUGGAAAUCUGAUGUAUGUUAGCGAGCUCGGAUAGAGCUGUAAUCCCAGUCACACUCUGGGAACCAACAGAACAAGUGCUUUUGUAAGAUUUUGGCCUUGUACUCAUGCGGUCUCUUUGCUGUGUGCUAGGUCAUGGUAGAGAGAUUCUGGCUUUCAAUGGAGCGGAUAACUGGUGGAACUCAAGUUGUUAAAGUUGGCAAACUGACUACUUACAAUGGGGUGCCAGUGGUUAUGGUGCUCGUGGGUGUUCUUCUAACUGGUUAAAGGGACACUAUAGUCACCAGAACAACUACAGCUUAUUGAAUUUGUUCUGGUGAGUAGAAUCAUUACCAUCAGACUUUUUGCUGUAAACACUGUCUUUUCAGAGAGAAUGCAGUGUUUACAUUACAGCCUAGUGAUAAUUUCACUGGCCACUCCUCAGAUGGCUGUUAGAGAUCCUUCCUGGGUCAUGGCUGCCUAAAAUGCAUCCAAACAUUCAGUGUCUCCUCCCUCUGCAAGCAGACACUGAACGUUCCUCAUAGAGAUUAAUUGAUUCAAUUCAUCUCUAUGAGGAGAUGCUGAUUGGCCAGGGUUGUUUGAAUCAUGCUGGCUCUGCCCCGAUCUGCCUUUUUGUCAGUCUCAGCCAAUCCUAUGGGGAAGCAUUGUGAUUGAAUCAGGCUACGAUGUCAGCAAACUGCAUGUUUUUUUGUUUUUUGUGUAAGGCAAACCGCAUUCAGAGUUACAGCUUCAGGCUUGAAUAGAGUAAGACUUUGCUAUAUUUAUGGAGGCAAGAGGGGCACAGGGGGGCUAGAUGGUUUUACACUGUGUUCCUGACCCUAUAGUGAUCCUUUAAGGGUGACAGAUUGCUUUAACAUUUAGCUCUGAAUAUUUCUUAAAGAUGCUGACUGCGUUGGAAUUUCAUUGAAAUUCCAAUUCGAUCCAAAGAUACCCUAAAAUAAAGCGGGGACUACAAUCUCUUGUGAUAAAGCCUGAGGCGGACAAAGCCUAACAAAAGACGGAGCCCUGCUGUCCACUUUAGUCCAAUCCCAGCAGCCGUUGCAAGUGAUGACUGUGUGAUUCGGGCAUCAGGUUACUAAUUGCAAAACAAACUAUGGAACCUCCCGCAGGUUCCUCUAUUGCCCUUUAUGUUCACAGCUCCAGGCAGAUGAUGUGCCGGGGGCUGAAGUCUGACUUCAGGAAGAAAAUGGCGGCAGCCGUGAGGGUUAGUAUCAGGUAAGUGUACCUGCCUUCUACUGCACCACAAGACCCCAGGGCCUUUGCAACUAUGACAGAUCUGCUUUAAUGCAUUCUAGUGCUGCAUUUUUCUUUAUCAGUGGAGUGUUUGACAGUUCUUCGAUUUCUGUUUCAUGUAAAAAAAACAAUUCGUAACAUCCUUGUUUCGCAUUGUCUCGGGAUACUAAAGCUAUGUGAUAACACGUGCAGCUGUAUUUUCAUAGCAAGAAUAAUUUUUAGAGAGAAGCAGGAUUUCUAAAAUAUAUAAUCGCCAUCUCUAUAUGUAACCAGCUAACCAGUGUGGAAUGAGUGUCACUUUAAUUCUCAGUGCCUUAUUUCUACUUCCAACGCCGCGCUUCGGUAUAGUAUUGAAACUAAGAAGGCCUGUAGAAAAACAAUUCCUGAACGCUCUGGUUUGCAGGUUCACUAUUCUCGCUUCCUGUGUGCAUGAAGCGUCUGCAGAAAGCUCACAGGAGGAAAUGCUCUGACGUGUGUCGUGUUCACAUUUACUAAGAAGUGACGUGAUCUUAAAGGGUCCUGUUGCCGCGUUCCAGAAACCCGGUUUGUUUCUGGAAACCAUUAUUCAUGCCGUAACGUCUCAGGUGCUGAGAAUGUUUUUACCUCUUGCAUUUGGCAGAGUUCUUCUGUUGCUGGGAGAUGGGCAAGUUACAAAGAAUUCGUUCCCACUUUUUCCCUUUUGUGUCUGUAAAGGAUAAAAGAUUAAUUGAAUAGAGGUUUUGCUAUGAAAGAUGGGAAGAGUGACAUGAUCCAAAGCAAAGCAAACAGAACCUAGUCUUCUACCUGCAGGGACUACAUUAGCAAACAAACAAUCAAAUGACACUUGAGAAACUCUGGCUACCAAUGGACAUUAUUUUUAUUUUACUUUGGGGCUAAAAGUGCAUUUUCUUUCAGAUGUGUUUUCCUUAGGUGACUUUAGCUCCCUCCCCAGCACUUUUGUUUUGUGUUCCAGUAUCUAUUUUGGAAUAAUAAAACUUUGAAUUCAGACAGGAAAGAGAACAUUGCUUAUUUAUGCUGAAUGUAUGAGAUUGUGGGGUGGGAGCCAAGGUGCAAAUUACAUUUUUGCAUCUUCUUUUUCUAAAAACCUCUAAUGUAACAAUCAUAUUUUCUUCAUGCAAAUAUUCUUUACACAGCGUUACUUGUCUCUGUCUUGUCUUUGUAGGUUUUGAAACUUGCGCUGCUUAGAGCAGGGGCAGGCAACCUUCAGCAGUUCAAACUGCAUAUCAUAUAAUGUUCUCACAGCCACAAUUCUGGUAAAGCAUCGGGGAGAAUGUAGUCCACAGGAUCUGGACUGCCGAAGGUUGCCUAGCCCUGGCUUAGAGUAUGGAAAGUAUAGAUAAAUAUAUCUAUAUCGUAUUAUUCAGAAUAUGACACACCCAUGUAUUUUAACUAGAGUUGAAAUAUAUGGACAUGUAUUAUAUUGAUAAAAUACAAUCUCUUUAUUUCCCCUUUCUUCUCCUUUCCAUGAGAUUCCCCUUUAUAGUGAGCACAGUUGCUCUGAUGUGAGGAUGGGUUUUAAUAUCUGCAUGCUGUAGCUUGGGAGUGCAGGGAGUAGUCGUCGUUCUGGGUCGUGCCUGGGAGUGUUUGGCUGUCAGUGGGAGAGCUGCUUAUUGCCAGCUGUUGUAGUUAGACAGGCUGUCUUGGUACCUCCCUAGAAUACGUGCACCUGGUAUAACCUGCUGAGUCUGUCUCCAGUUGAUGCUACGUGCCAGAUUCCCAUCACACCCCCUGGGAGAGACCUGCAAAUGGACUGAAAGGUGACCUGAUACGCCUCUAACAGCAUAAUCACUUCUAAUACAUUUAUCUAGUCUUAAGGUUCACUAUCACCAUUCAUAUAGUAUGGCUAUUUUUGUAGGGGUUUUUUUUUCUUCCUUUUGUGCCUUAAAUAGAAAAACAUUUUUUUUUUCCCAAACAUUAUUUUGCAAAUAAAACAUGCAUGCUGAUGAAUACAUGACUACAAAGAUACUGCAAUGUUUUUUUUUGUUUUUGUUUUUUUAUGUAACACGCAAAGGAUGUUAGAGGUUAGAUUGCCAGUUGUGUGCUGAAGGCAGAGAUAUAAAAUAAGUAUGCAUAUAUUCACUAGGCCUGUCUACCUGAUGAAGAGCUUGGAACUACCCCAUACAUUAAACCACCAUAUAGCCAGUCAGAGUAUUAUACUGCAGCUGGUAAUAGGUUUAGAAUAAAAUAUUAGGGACAGACUUGUGACCCUGAAUAAAACCACUGCAGCACCUCUGUAUAAAACUUAAACUGGUAGGUCACUAUAAGACUAUAGCCUGUAACUAAUGGCACUGUAACGCCUAUAAAUAAACUAGCCCUGGCUAAAGGCACUUCAGCUCGCUCCCACCCCUGGUGUGUUAAGAGUCCCACAGAGGAAACAAGUCCUGCCUAGGCCGCUCCCCCAAUCCCAGGUCAUCUCAUGAGCUCUCAUCCAGUGCAGACUGAUCCGGCCCAUAUAUGAACCAGCAUUGGGUUGCCUAGGGUAAGCCUGCCCAAAUUCUCUCAUGUCGGCGCUUGACCUUCCUAGGUGUAGAGCAACAAUGUGAAGAUUAGUCUCCAGGGCUCAGGGCCUAGAUAAGUGGCUGUUGCAGCUAGAUUGCACUAUCAGGCAUAGGGCAGAGUGUGGCUGAAUGCCCCGCUCCAUCAGCUGUGGUAGUGUAGCCAAAACAGCAUUCUGCUUGAUCAGCAUUGCCCAGAAACUGUGGAUUUCAUUGUGUGCCGUCAUUGGCCAGAUAUGCUGCAGCCUAUGGAUCGUGGUCGUGUUUGGUUGGACCUCGUCGGCGGCAAUUUUGUGGACAAAAGCACAGGAGUUCUUAUUGCAGGGUAAGUAACUCUUCUCAGAUAGCAUUCCGGGGUAACCCCUGCCAGACAAAAAGGGGGACGGGUAGGGGCUAGCAAGACAAUUCAUCAUAGAGCCACACUGAGGCAAUUAGGAAGAAUGAUAGGUGGCGGCCGUCCACCUUAGCCCACUCUUGAGUAGGCCACAGGCUCUGUAGUCUCAUCCGCCCGGCAGGGCUUCACAUUGUCUACACUGGGACUCUGCAAUCACUGCAGAAGGUGCUUAGAGCAAUGUUGGCUUUUAGGCAUGACAAGGUUGACUUCUUCGUGCAUAAUAAACGACAAAGGCGAUGGCUUGUUUGCCAUGCUUCCAGGCAACAUUGUGAUCUGUCUCCGCCACGUUCUGUAUUAGAGACAUACUAUAUAUAGUGUUGUGAAUGUUUGUAUUCCCUUUAAAUGUGAGGAUUAUUAUCCCCGUGCCCAUUUUACUGCCGGGAGACCAGGACUAAUAGAAGCAGUGAGUGUGAUGGCUUGAGUUGCCCAUUUGUCACUUUAAAAUGUACAGGUCCUUGCUGCCUCACUUCAGUAAAUGCCAUUAAAGUGCUUAUUGGGGUGUGAAGUACCGCAAGCAUGAGCACAUGGCCACUAGGACGUUCCUUCCAUAGUGCCAUAUAUAGGUACAGCCCUGGGCAGGUUGAGUUAAUGUGCAUGCAUUGUUCUAGGACAGAAAUAAAGGUGUAAAUUAAAUUCAUUUAAAAAAAACAAACUAAAAUUAAUGUUUGUGUGUUGCGGCCUAAACUGUGUUAACAGAAGUGAAUCUAGAAAUGUUUGCUGUUUAAUCAUUGUCAGUGUGUGUCCUCGUUAGCGUUCAGCAGAUUAGUCAAAGCUCUCUGAAACUAGCAAUCCAUAGAUGUGUACGAUCAAUCACUUUAUGUAGCUUAGGGUACAUGUAACGGUUAUAAUGGCACGUAACAUGUAAUUCAUUCUCUGAUCCUCAGAAUAAAUGCGUUCGCUAUGUAAUUUUGUUUUAUGUAUAUCUCUGUAUCUCAAACAUAUUUUUUUUUUUUUUUUUUUUUAAACAUCCAUUUGGCCUUAAAGCAGGGUGACUGUACUUCCCCUUUAAAUGAGGAACUGGUACAAAAUGGAAACUGCCUGUCAACAAGUUUUCGCUGCAAGAGCGUCUGUGGUCCAUUUAGCGCAGAGGUGUCCAUAAGAUGGUGGUAUACUUCUAGUACAGAAUUUGGGCACUGCCACUUUACAGGGAGUUUAAAUUUCUAGCUUGCCAGCAUGUAAAAUGUUAAUGUUUGUGUACAUCUAGCUUGCGUUUGUAAAAUAUCUUGAUGGAAGCCAGGGAGAUCUUUGCGGAGAAGAGAUUACAAGUAAAGUGUCAGAAGCCUUGACUGGGAGAAUAGUUUAUCAGUCGAGAUGUUUUCCAUCAUGCUGCAUGCCUGUAAAUCGCUGCACAGAAUAAGUUGAGUCCUGGUUAAUAUCCUCCUGUGAAAAUCUAAUGGGAGCGUGCACGCUGCUUCCUUGCAUUGUUUGGAGAAUGAGAUUUCCUCACAGAAAGUUAGGCAGAUAGUCUGUGUUACGGAGACCAAAUAUCGGAAAGUACAGAUGUUUGAGCAGAAGAAUUCGUGGUGUUGCCAGUUAUCAGUUUAUAAUGCCUCGUUUGACAUUCGUCAGCUUUGAAGCAUCGGUCGACAAAAAUGGGGGCCCCACUGUUGUAGAAUUCCAGUGAUAUCUUACCAGGUGGAAAAUCAUUUUGUGGGCUCUGUUUUUGGCCACUCACUCUGUAGUAAUUUCACUUGGGGUCUGUAGUACUUGCAGUUGCUUUGAAUGGGUCAGAACCUAUUCAUUGGGGGUUGCACUGAUCAGCCUGCUCUAACCAAUCCUAAUCUGCCAAUAUGAUGGAAGGUGUUCAAAUUAAUUCAUCGGCCGUCCUGUGUGUCUGAGGUAUCUCCUCGUUGUAGGAUUGACUUCUGCUGAGCUGAAUCGGGAACAGAAUCCAAUGAUUCACUCUGUUAACAGGUUAUAGAGGAAUCUCCUGCAACGAGCCCUUCCUGUGUGCAUGAUUUGGGCCUGGAAGAAGGGCAUGUCACUCACAUGAGUCAGCUUGUUUGGAGGUUUAAAUCGUUUUUUUUUUGUUUUUGUUUUUUUUUGUGCUUGAGAACACAUUCAGGUCUGCUACAAUAGCUGUAGGAAACCAAUAGAUUGUAACAUGGCAUAGAAAAUACUGUGCACAAUGUUUUAAGUAAAUUACAGGUUAAAUAAAAAUGUGUCAGUGAAUGAAUAUGCGGAAGGAUUAAUGGGGAUAUACUUUGUCGCCUGGCACUGAGUAAGAAAGUACAGCAGGUAACAUGCUAUGGGAGAGCGAAACAAGUUGAGUUUAGCUGUGUCAGUAUAUGGAUGCAUAAGUGGUAAUAAACAUUUGCUUGGAACAUGACACUGAGUAAUUAUAAGGCAAGUUACGUGGCUAAUAUGCAAACUAUGUGCAAUCAUGCAAGAUAUAAAACUGUAGCUGGUUAGUGAUCUAAGAAUUGUGGAGCUUUUUAUUCUCGCUGAGGCUGUGAAAAUAGGAGGGAGACCCAGCCCUGUGGGUCUUAUGUAAUAAGAUAAUGCUCAUGUCCUAGUAGUUAACGGUAACGAUGACUUGGGUCUGCCAUGGGUGCUCUCUGUCAACUUACACUCAGUAACCCCUGAGUGUUCGGGGUGGAGGCCGGCUGAGUCAAUGUCUGCAUAUCCGGACAGCUCCGAGGCGGUGUAUAGGCAUAUGGUGACAACAGUGUAUCCUUUAAACAAUAAAAUUAAACCGUGCUAAGCAGUACUUUAAAGUAAUAAAAGCAGUAAUUUAAAGUAAUAACAUGCAAAUAGAACUGGUUGAGGUGUCAGUCCGUCCCUGCGAGGCGGCAGGGGUUCCCUCCGUGUACAGUUGGAGCCUAAAUCUGUUUUUAUAUUUGUCACAACUGCAUAUUUACAUAUUCCAUUCCAAAUCGGAUUCAGACAGGACAAUGAAACCGUGGAAAGAUCCCUCUGCAAGUGUUAAAUGGGUAGUCACAAUUCGCUCAUUAUUUUAACAUAUUUGACAAAAACCACUCGUUGUGUGCGUUGAAAAUAUGGAAAUCAACACUUUAUUACAGUGGUGGCAAUGGGUAACCCAGCACCCACCGCCAGUCUAGUUAGGGCGCUGACUGAUACUCAAAAAGGUUUAAUGAAAAACAAGGAUGUACUGCACCUAUAACGUUCAACAAUAUGUAGUUAUGGUUCUUAAUUCUGUUAUGUAUUCUGCAUUUAUUACUGUCCGUAUGAAUGCAGUGAAGCAGUUUUACACUUUUACACAGCCAAACUGGUAAACUUAUAGUAAGGGGGACAGAAGAAUUUGGGUCCUAAAAGAUGUUUUUUGACGGUGAUAGCCUCACUAUAGAAAAUAUAGCCUUCCUCCACCUGCAGACAAUGUGGUCUUUAACCCCUCGCUUAGUAAACCAUGUGUACCCCCAACGCGGAAUAAUUCCAGUAUGAUGCCCUGUAAUUUAAAUGGCCAAAUUGAGAUUAGCAUGUCAGGGCAUGUUGGAAAGAAUGUUAAAACAUGUUUGUCAUGGUGCGUUAGUGUGUUUAGCCCUGCCGUGGCAUACCUCUGUGAUUGCUUUAUGUGGCACAUCCUACAGUCCCUGGGAUCCAUGGAGCAGCUGGGCCUGCUUCAUGCGAUUUCCCACCUUCACGUAUUGCUACCAUUAUAGGCACAGUCUGCAUAUAACUGGUGAUGGUCCAGCUGCCGAUGUAGACUGACCACUCCUCUAGCUAAAACACUGUAGGAAGCACCAGUACAGAGUGUUGCAUGUGAUUUGGGUGUUAUAACUGUGCUGCAUGUAAUAUCUGGCUCCCAGAACCAUGAAUUUUUUUUAAAAUCCUCUAAUAUGUGUAACCAUUUUAACUUGUGCUGCUGUUACCAAGGACCAUCAUGUUCAAAACCAUCGAUGCUCUAUGUAUGGCAGUGCUAUUUGCUUUUUGGUAUUCUGACUAUCGGGGGGAAUAUUCCACUAGCGUUUGAUGUAGUGGGGGAAAUCGUUUGAGGACUAAUACUUUGUGGUUUCACUCUUUUAGACAAACACAUUUGAUGGGCCAACGCUGGGGCAUGCAUGACGGAUGUAUUCAUUAUAUUCUGGGAAUUAAAGAAAAAUUACAUUAAGAAAUUGCAAAUAGUAUAUAACUCUUACAGCUUCAAUGUGCAAUUCUAUUAUCACUCAUUACACUCAUACACUGCUUGUAUCUUGUACAAACUCUCUGAACGUGUUCUCUUUCUUCCUAGGGUGAAUCGGUAAAAUAUUUCUUGGAUAAUUUGGACAAGCUUGGGGAACUGGUGAGUGACAACUUGCUCUCCUAGUUUUGUAUGUUUCUGAUAUGAUUUCCACCUUUGUUUUCGUUCUUGCUGCUUAGUGACUGCAGGUAACUUGGCAGGCCAGAGUCCAUAUCAUCACCACAAACACUUCAUUGUUAUGGUAGUCAUAAAAGUUGGUUGUAGACGUGUUCAGCGCUGUAUUUAGGCAUCAAAAAAGCCCCGGCAGAUGCCUGUUCAGACUUUUGUCCUGGGGCGCCUAAGAGGUUGGUUGGCGGGCAGCGAGGGAGCACUCUCCCCUGAGCUCUUCCUGAUCAGCUCUAUUGCGCGGACCGCAGUGAUGCUGGAGCCGGUAUCUGACGGCAUCACUAAGAGGUGCGCAAGGGAGCUGAGCAGGAGGAUCAUAGCUUUCUCGCAGCCCGACCCUGCCUGCCAGCCCCACUGGACAACAGGAAAGAAUCAACUCCAGCACUCCCAAAGGGUAGGCAGGCUGGAUUGAUUGGACAUUAAAAAUUGUUAGUGUAUGUGUCAGUCUGUCACUGAGAUUGUCUGUCACAGAGUGUAUAUGCGUGUUGGGGUGUGUGUCUGUCAGCUAAUGUGUCUGACACUAAGUGUGUGUUUGUCAUUGAGGUGAGUAUGCAUGUGUGUAACUGUUAAUGAGUGAGUAUGUCUGUGUAUGUUUUAGUGAAAGUGUGUGUUGGUUAAACAGUGUGUGUGACAAUGUGUAUCUGUCAGUGAGUGUGUCGGUGCAUGCAUCAGUGAGGGCGUGUCUGUCAGGAAGAGAACUUUGGAAGGGGGUGCCUGAGUUUUGUCAUGCUAGGGCAGCACAAAACCAGAAUACACCACUGGACGUGUUCAUUCUGUUUAAAGUGUCUGGGUGCCGUAGUCCUUUUAACCCUUCCAUGUUAAAUAUUGCAGUUUAGGGGGGAGGGGGGGAGUAAAAACCUGGUAAUUUGACACAGAACCCCAUAGGAAAGUGACGUCACAGUAGACGGAGAGGUGAGCAGUGGGGAGGAAAACUUGGUGCUGAAAAAAGUAUAAUAGAUUUUGUACAGCGAAAAAAAUGUUGUUGGUCCUUCCUUGUGUUAGUGAAUCUGUCAACACACCACCCGAAAACCUGUGCUCUUUUUAAAGAACAGGAGAUUUCAUCUAUUUAUUCUGUUAGCAGAUUUGCUAGCAAACAUAUAGAUUGGGAGAAAACCAGGUUAUUCUCCCACCUGUCAAUCUCUUCUUCGGCAUAGACUCUAUGCUGUAGGAUUUAUUGACGGGGAGAGCAGAAGGGUCAAGUUACAGGCAGACGUUUUGCUCUCCACCGAGAGCUCCCACAGUUCAUGCAUUUUGAUUGCUAUGGUAAUUCCCUAGCUAUCGCUGCUAGCACCUGCUAAGAAAUUUAGGAACUGAGUGAUGUCAUUCAGAUGCUGACAAUGAAGUCGUCAGUGUCAUGACAGAAAAUCAUUGAGGGCCACGAGAUCAGCGCUGGGUGACCGAAGGUUGGUGUUACAGAAUUGUAACACCCACUUCUGUAUGAUGAUUGCGGAAGAUUAGGUGACCGUUCCCUUUGGGGGGGUUAUUAGUGUCCUAAGGAAAUCCAGUUUAGAAGACUUUUAAUACAGGAGCACACAGCAUGUGCAGUUUUCGUAUUACUAAGAUCACACAAAGAAACUUUCUGAUGACAGGGCCGCAAUAAAUUGUCUCCCCUCUUCUCAUGCGAGAUCGAGAAAUUCUAUAGAACGGCAGUAUUGCUGAGAAGGCUUCUGCUGGGAAAAGUGAUCACCCAGCGAGAACCCCCUCUCCCCUGUACUUGCAGAGUUUCGCUUUUGGUUUUGGGACUGCAGAGCUGUCUAGUCAUGUGAUGAACCCCACCCCCACAGUGCUGGAGCAGCCAAGACCAGCUGUCUUCUACACGGUCAGCCCAUAUCAAGUGCCUGUUUAUCCAGCCAGAUCCAUUAACUAUUUCACCACAAGGUGUUAGGCGAUUCCUAUUAUAUGGUGCUAUUCAUGGUAUUGUCAUUAUAGGGUUAAAAAAAACACACCAUCUAAAAUAAAUUCCCUAUUUUAAAAUGCCUAGCAUGUUUGUUUUUUUUUUUUGUUUUUUUAAUCUGUGGAAAAGCUUCCUUAGAUCAGGGUUGUGGGGUCCUUUGUAAAAAUGUGUGGCUGGAUCAUUUGCCUUUACUGGUUUUCUGCCUGUAGCGUCUCCCAAGAGAGACAACCAAUUUUUUGGGAGGUGUUGGUUCUUACCAUAUUUAAGGGCUUAUUCUCUAAACAGAUUUGUUUUAAAAAAUUGCACAUGGUGUCUUGAAUUUUGUAGUUAGGUUGACAAUGCAAUAUAUUAGAAUGACUUGACUUUCUUUGCUCCUUGUUUUUAAAGGACUAUCUGCCAAGUCAACAAGAUAUCCUGCUGGCCCGGAGACCUACAAAAGGAAUUCAUGAGUAUGACUUCGAGAUAAAAAAUGUGCCUUUCAAAAUGGUGGAUGUUGGUGGCCAGCGGUCAGAGCGAAAGCGUUGGUUUGAGUGUUUCGACAGCGUAACAUCCAUCCUCUUCCUGGUGUCCUCAAGCGAAUAUGAUCAAGUGCUGAUGGAAGACAGACAGACCAACCGCUUGACAGAGUCUCUAAACAUUUUUGAAACUAUAGUCAACAACCGUGUUUUCAGUAAUGUCUCAAUCAUCCUCUUUCUAAACAAGACUGACUUACUCGAGGAGAAAGUAAGAAUAGUGAGCAUAAAAGACUAUUUUCCAGAGUUCGAAGGGGAUCCCCACUGCCUCUCUGAUGUCCAAAAGUUCUUGGUAGAUUGUUUCCGUAAUAAGCGUCGGGACCAGCAGCAGAAGCCUCUCUACCACCACUUCACCACUGCCAUAAACACGGAGAACAUCCGUCUAGUGUUCCGUGACGUCAAAGAUACCAUCCUUCAUGACAACCUCAAGCAGCUAAUGCUACAGUGAUGGCGGGACUCCUGUUUUUAUUCAUUGAGAAUUUUUAUUCCCCCCCCCCCCCCCCCUUUUUUUUUUUUUUUUUUUUUUAUUGAUACACGUGAAGUUUAGAACAAGAGAAACAAGUUGGGUUUUAUUUUUAGUUUUCUUCCUUCUCCAUGGAUUCUCAAUCCCAACUUCUAUUAAACUUCUGGCUCCCCCCCCCCCUUCUGCAAAGCGGUGUCAAGUUUCCCGCAAGAUAGUGGCUCACGUAGAAUAUGUGAGCAAAGGACUGUGUGACCACAGCAAAAUGAACUGAGACAUCCACGGAUACAGUAUAUCUCCAGAGCAGAAAGUCUUAUUUUUAUUUUUUUGCAAUUCAGAAGGAGUCACGGGGUGAUUGUUUUUAUUUUGUUUAAAAUGUGGAUUUUAUUUCUGUAUUUUAAUAGGCAUUUGAAUUGUAAGUUUUUGUUUUUUUGUUUGUUUUUUGGAAAUCACUCCUUACAAUUUAACAAUUAUGCUACCAUAUAAAAGUGAAUUUCUUGAUUACAAGCCUUUAGGAAAUGUCUUCCCCUGCUACUUAUAACAGCACAAAUUGUUUAAUAUGUUCUGAAAGAAAAUUAUUUGCUAGAAUCUGGACCACAAAGAAGGCAGUCCAAUUACUGCAGUUUAUCACAGUUGGAGCAUCCUGUGAUGUUUUCUUUUAAACGUUAUAACUUUUUUUUCCCUUCCUUACUAACCUAACAUUGUUAGGAGUAAUAGUAUGAGUUUUCAUAUUUAAAUGCAUAAGUGGUCCACAUUUGCAGGGGGAAAUGCAAAAGUGCAGUUUAACAAUUAUUUUCAUUUUUCAUUUUAUUUUUUUUAAAUUAGCCAUGCACUUUGUCUUCUGUUUUGGUUUUGAUUUUCGUGGCACGCAGCCGAUACCUGUUGUUGGACAUUCUGAGAUGCCAUAUUGAAAAUCCGUGCAGAAAUACCUGGGAAUUAUUUUUAUAAGCACAUAUUAAAAACUAUAUAGUGCUACCUGUUUUAGGGCCCGUGUUCGUUUUUACCUUGUGUUAGACAGCUGAAAAUGCCUUACAUUCUGAACAGUGAGAUGCUUUUGUGAAUGUGCAAAAUCCUCUUCACAAUGCCUGCAUUUUGAUAUUAAAACAGGAAUUAUGGGAUGAUGCCGCACAUGUGUCACUGGACAGACACCGACUUCUGAUAAAUGCCUUCUUAUGUGUACAUCUAAUGAUUUUGCUAGCACAGUGUGUGCGCAUGUGUAUAUACCUUUUUUAUUUUUUUUUAAAACCUUUUUUUAUUUGCAGACCAUGUCAAACUAUUUCUGGGUGACCGGUUCAUUUUAAAUUAGUGUUUAAGAUUAUAGAAUGCCUUAACCAGGCUUAAAAGGAACGCAGUUUAAGGAGUCAUUUGUUUAGAAAUAGGUGCGAAACAUCUAUCUUGACACAGAGUGCACGUGCUUUUAGGACUCUAGGUAAAAGUAUUGUGAAUAUGUUGCGAGCACUCUGGUUAAUCCGCAUUGAUACAUAGUCAGGGGCAUUUAAUGUUUGCUCAGUGUACUCCCCGCAUCUCUCCUUGGUUGUUUUUAAAUCAUUUUUGAUAUUACGGAGGGGGCACAAAUUACACAAAGACUUGUGUUUCUAUAAACCAUAAAGGAACACUUCUAAUCAAACGUUUUGUUGAGUGUAUUGCUGGUUACUGUACAAAUUUCUCAAAUGACCGAAAUUCUUGCUGUUUACGACUUUUAGAUUGUGGAAGGCUGCAUCAUGUGCAUUGCAUUGUGGUCCCAUUCUGGGUUAAAAAAUAUAUUUUUUUUAAUGCACCUUCUACUAUUCCAAAAGUGUAACUUGCAUGGGGGCUGCCAUCUUAUGCCAUUUAUUUAACCGCUUUUUAAAGAAAGUCUGACUGGGCCGUUUGAGGAGGUGAGCUGAGAACAAAUAGAUCUUUGCCAUGCAAAUGAAGGCUUCUAAUGUUUCCACAGGCAAGAAUGGAUCUGAUGAACAUGGAUACGUGCAAAAUAUAGGCAAUUUCUAAAAGUACAUUUAAUGAGCCAGUGGCGACAGAAAUACUUUAAUGUCCCAUAAUCUGCCACACGAACAUGACGGGAUCGUGUAAGAAGUAAUCUGGGAAAUCAGUGGUGUCACUGGAGUUUGAUGGAAACGUAACAUUUAAAUGUUUUUGUUUUUGGAGAGAGGGAGGGAUGUUCGUUGUGUCAAUUUCAAAUAGUGCCAAAUUGUUCUCAAGACGUCUGCUGAUAUUCUUGAGAGAAAUGUGUUAAUUUUGGCAAAGCUAUGUUUUUCUUACCUUUGUUAUCCAACUGGGGACAUACACGCACAUCUUAUCCUUACACUGACAAGGACAUUCUAUCAGUCUAGUUGUUAUAGACUUCAAACCAGCUCCAUCUAGCACAGCGGUCACUGAUUAAACAGUGAGAUUAGUGUUGUGUCAGCAGAGACGUUCUUUGGGUUCAGUUGCUUCCAAAGCUUUGAGAACGCCAGAUUGUAAUGUAUCUGGCACCAGGGUCAUGAAUAUUCAUGAGGAAGGAACAUUGGCUUAUAGUAUUAGGGGUGUGAAGGAUAUCAACACUGGGAAGUCGGUGUCGAUGUGGGAAGUUAAACACUCUGAUUAUCUACCCUGAAUACCUUUUUGUGGAAGAUUUAUCAAACUGGCAUAGUCUAUAUUCAACGCGUGAGUGAAACGGGCAUUAGUUUAUUAGACAUGGACAUUGAGUAAGACAAUGCAGUGGUGCUUGUCUGCACUCAUGCGCAAUAUUUUGCUGGGUUGAUUCGUAGAGGUGCCUCCGUAUAUUCUUUACUAUAACAGGGUUAAAGGACCACUAUAGUGCCAGGAAAACAUACUCGUUUUCCUAGCACUAUAGUGCCAUGAGGGUGCCCCCGCCCGGCUCUGGAAAAGGGGUAAAACUUACCUUUUUCCAGCGCUGGGUGGGGAGCUCUCCGCCUCCGAUCCGCCCCGUUGGCUGAAUGCGCACUGCUAUGUUUAUAAAACAAUGGGUUAACCCUAGCUGGACCUGGCACCCAGACCACUUCAUUAAGCUGAAGUGGUCUGGGUGCCUAGAGUGGUCCUUUAACACAGAAUUGUUUGCCAUCAGGGCCUUUUCUGUGGGAUCUUCUUUGUCACUUGACGUACUCUGUAAAGCACUGUGCUCACUCAUUAACUUGAACUAGACACCUAUGUUAUUAAAAAUAAAAUACAAAUCAAUUCAAAGUACAAGGAGAUAAGCUGCAAAUACUUAUAUGCAUUAAAACACUUUACAUUAUCACAGCUAUGAAAUAUGAAUCAUCUUAGAGGUUUUAUCACAUCCUGUUUAAAUUACUGAAGUAUUGAGUUCAUGUAAUGUUAUGCUAGUUCCUGUUUGCGUUUAAUGGGGAACAGGCCAAACAGCGUAGAUACUACAACUUAUUAAGGAGCUGUCCUUGAAAUACUUGCUUUUUGUUAUUUUUAGAUAACCCGAGCUCGUGACCUACGUCUUCCCUCUUGAUCCGGAGAAGUUGUGCUUCUCUGUACAAUUUGGAGGUCCUUGUGUGGCCUGGGCCUGCAGUAACUGUGCAGCAUGGCCUCCUCUAUGUAUAUUGGGUAUUAUUCCCUGCCAUCUCUCAGCAUGUCUCCUGCAGGUUCCACAGAAUGACUUGCAGCUUUUCACAUUCUUCAGACCAAAGCAAAAUGCCAUUAAUGUUGAAUCCAGUGUUCCUUUUAACCAUGUCUAUGUCCCCUUUGAAAGUGGUUGGUUUGAGCAUUAAAAGAAAAAAAAAAGCACUGAGCAGAAAUUCUAAGUACAGACUGUAACAAGUGAUUUGGCUCCACACUGAAAUCCUUUAAGAAGUUCACGUAAUGCUUCAUGAACCUACUGGGAUGCCGUAAGAAAGGACCUCUCGUUUUAAUUUCGGUGUCAGCUGCUUAUUGAAUUUAGCAGUAGAUAUAGUUAAAAACCCUAGAUUAUAAGACACUGGUAUGUCUGUUCUCAAGGACUGCAAAAACCAGGUUAAUUAAAACCUAAAUCCACCCCGUGGUUACAUAUUAUUCAUUCACACAAUUAUGCAAAAUAAGCCAUUUGACCGUCAACUGUUUCGCCAGAAAUGGCGCAUUGCACCGAUACACAGUUCUGCCUUAUUUGUCAGCCGUCUUCCUAGAAGAAAAUAUUCUGUUUACCGUUUGUAGGCUUUUUUUCCCCAUUAAAUUGUGCCUUUAUUUUGGGGGUGAAAAAUAACCCUUCUCCAUCUCCAACUGAGAUUGCCUUAUGACAUUUUGUUUAAAAACGUUUGAACUCUGAAUUUUCAAGCAGGGUUUGAAAGUGCUGCCCAGCAGUGUAGAUAAUUAUCAGGCUCCCAGCAUCGAAUCAGUUAGUCAUUGCUGGAAUUCACCAUAAUUUGUCAUUUUGCACUGGAAAUAUAUUCAUUUGACAUACUGCUGGACAGCACUGUCAGAUCCUGCCCAACACAACGCGACCACUCUGUACACGAAUCUUCACAUUGCUAUGUAGAUUAUGUAGUUGACUUUCUAAGCACAACAGCCAUUUUGAUGCAAGUAAUGACAUCGUCAACCUGUGCCUUCCAAAUUGUUUCACUGUCUUACUCGUUAAGCAACAAAUGCUCACUUUUUCUAAAUCUUUAUUUCAUACCGUUUUCACAGAAAUAUCCCUUACCUUGUAAAUAUUUCAAUGUUGCUAAGAUACCUAUUUUCUAGAAAUCUUGAACUGAAUAUUGUUAUUUACUCAAAUAAAAAGUGAUGCUUUUCUCAUCGUUAACUACUCCCAACACAAAUUAGGGGAUUUGCAUGUUCAUCCAGGUCAGAAAUAUUUAACCAAAAGCAUGAUUUGUAAUAAUCGCAAAUAAAGUCGACAUUUUGAAAUUUUAAGACAACAAAAUGUUUAACGCUCUCUUGCUGUUUGCUAAAUAAGUUUUGGGAGAACCAAUUAGUUUGCAGCACGCACCACUUCCUGUUUUGAUGUUGGCAAAAAAAACUGCUUCCCCUCAUUAUUACACCUGUGUUUAUGUAUGGGUAAAAUCGAAUCCAUUACCAAAUUCCUCCUGGGUACUUUCUGUGCAGUGGUACACUCCAUUUUUUUGCCAAAUAAGGGCUAUCGUGCCAGAUUUUCCCCUUUGAAUGAACACCUACCAUAUAACGGCUGGGCACGCAUAACAAACUGCCGUGCACAUUCAGAAAUACAGAUUUUUACCUCUGUUAAACUUCACUUGUAAAAAAAACUUUUUUUUUUUUUGUAUCAUACCCAAGCGUUCACAAGCAAAGUAAGCCUUUUGUUUUGAAAUAUAUAUAUUUUGUAACAACUUACCAUAGAAAUAUCUAACAGAUCCUAUUUUGUAUACGCUUUGUAUAAAAUGUCAGGUUUAGAAUUUUUAUAAACCUUUAACUUUUAUAACUCUUUAAAGAUUAAGCUGCCAAACACAUCAUGUUGUACAUUUAAUUGUGUUCGUUUAGCGCAAUAUAGGGAAUAAGUUAUUUCUUGAGAAGGAUCUUAACAGAAUAAAGCAGGUCAUUUGGAUUUAGUUCGCAUGUUUAUUCUCCUGUUACUAAUAAAGUGACGCUUUUAUAACCCUGCUGUACAUUAUGUACAUAUGUGUUUUGCUUUUCAAGUAAAUGUGCGUUGUAAAAUUAAAAAAAAAAAAUUAUUGACCUUAAAUAAACACAUUUAAAGUCUU